AUGAAUACCAUCGACGGUUCCGACCGUCACGUCAAGACAGAAGAAGCGCCGCCGCCGUCACUGCUUGCCAUCGUUCUCGAUACCAACCCACAUGCUUGGGCACAUCUGUCGUCGACGCUCUCGCUUUCCGCCGCCCUAGCCAACAUCCUCGUCUUUAUCAACGCGCAUUUGGCCUCGGGGAAUUCAAACGAGGUUGCUGUGAUAGCUUCACAUUCGCACAAGACGACCUUUCUAUACCCCACACCUACUGAACCGCAGCCUCAGGUACGGCGUGGUGAUACAAACGGCCAUGUGCAGACGAAUGGACAUGGGAACGACAAGGAACAGCACAUGGCAGAGAGUGCGAACAAGUACCGACCAUUCGCUGUCGUAGAAAGUGCUAUUCUACGAAACUUUGUCAAGCUGCUCAACGAGACGAAAGAGAGUCAUAUUGAGGCAACGCCUACGACACUCAUUGGCGGUGCUCUCUCCAUGGCCCUUACCCACAUCAACAAGCAAACCAUUCUCCAUGCUCCAACAGCCGCCUCCGCCGAGAGCACGUCCCUCGCAGCACUCGCCGACUCUGAAAAUACCCACGUCGACCGCGUACCCCUCACAUCUCGCAUCCUCAUUGUCUCAGUAUCCGGCGACCUCGCAAACCAGUACAUACCCGUCAUGAACUCCAUAUUUGCCGCACAAAGGAAGCGAAUACCCAUAGAUAUCUUGAAAUUGGCUGGUGAUACUGUGCUAUUGCAGCAAGCCAGCGAUGCCACCGGAGGUGUAUACAUGAAGCCGGACCGACCAGAAGGUCUGCUACAGUAUCUGAUGAUGGCAUUCCUACCAGACGUAACAGCACGAACAAGUCUGAUAGUUCCCAGCGCUGGCGGUGUCGACUUCCGUGCAGCAUGUUUCUGCCACAGGAAGGUUGUGGAUAUUGGCUUUGUCUGCAGUGUGUGCUUGAGCAUUUUCUGUAACCCAGAUCUUCCUGAUAAUCUCUGCAUGACCUGCGGCUCCUAUCUAUCGCUGCGCAGUGCUGUCAUGAACCCGCCGGCAUUGAUACCACGGAAAAAGAAAAAGAAGAAGAGGGCCGGAACUGAUUCCGCAACACCAGGGGCAAACACUCCAGUAGGACCCGGUACGCCUCUUCAUGCGUAA